AUGGACAUUGUAAAUCAACAACAACAACAUCAUUAUGAAAACACAAAAGAACUUUUAAUGAAAAGAUUAGCUGAUGCUAGUCAAUAUAAAAUAUACCCAUCGAUUAUUCCACGAAAUGAAUUACCCUUAAGAAAGAUUUUACUCACCACGAGAUUGUGGAAUCAUGUACGUAGACAGCAAGCUAUGUUAACCAUGUCAUCUACUGCUGACGAAUGGCUCUUUGAGCAAGAAAAUAGUAACGAAAUUAUACCCAUUAAAGAGGAGGAGGCGAAAGAAGAGGAACCAGAAAAAACCGAAAAUUAUGGCCAUAAAAGAAGAAUCGACGAUGAGCCUGAACAAUUACAAAUAAAAAAACCCAAAUCAUCAAGCAACAGUACUUUUCAUCAACAUUUCAUUGAUUCCCCGGCUUCACCGGCUGGUCCGGUUUCUUCUCUAACAUCUGCCUCUUCGUCUACGCCUCCUCCAACGACAAGCAACAGCCCUGCAGUCUUACUAAGCGCAUAA